UAAUGGAGCUAUACGUAAACAAAUUUCUUGUGCUAGAACUAAAAAUAUGCCUACACAACCUCAGUCAUUAGAAAAUAUUAAUGUUCCAGAUCAGCUAUGUAUAACUAUAAAAGGAGAGCAAUUUUUAGCAAAAGAUAUUGAAUUUAAUAAUGAAAAAAUUAUGAUAUUUUUUUAUGUACUAAUGACUAGUAAGACAGAAGAAAGUUAUACACAAUUAUUUCAAGAACUGAUUAAUUUAGGUUAUAAAGCUGGAUAUGAAUUAAGCCUACCAAUUAUUAUAACAGAUUUUGAACAAUCUGUUAUUAAUUCUAUUCAUUUAAAUUUUCCUAAUUCAACCAAUAAAUAUUCAACUUUUAGUAUCAAAUUACGUCAUUUAACAGCUCUUGCAUUUCUUCCUUCUACUGAAAUCCCAGCUGCUUUUGAUCAAAUAAAACCCUUGAUGCCUCCUAAUGCUAGUAAUAUUAUUAACUAUUUUGAAAAUACUUAUAUUCGUAGAGAAAUUCGGCAACAGCUUAGAAAUAGAAAUAUAAUUUAUGAUCUGCCACUAUUCUUACCAUCACUUUGGUCACAUCAUAGAUGGAACAAUAUUAUUGGAAAAGCCCAUGUUGGUGUUUAUACAAUUAUAGAAGAAAUGCGUAAAGAACAACACCAAACAGAUAUAAAUAUUGAAAGAGUUUUACGUAGAGAGCCUUGA